AUGGCGAGUCCUCAGACAGAACUAAAGCUGAAAGAAGCACAAAAUUCCAUGUCUUACAAAAAGAGAGAGAGAGAGAGAGAGAGAGAGAGAGAGAGAGACCUGAAAGAGGACUAUAAAUUAAUGGAGAGAUUACAUUUGCAAAUGCUGUUAUACUCAAAAUGCAUCCUUGUGCAAGGAGCCCAAGCAAUGCUGUCGAAGAACAUCUGCAAAAAAAUAAGAUUUACAUUUUCACAAUAUUUUAUAUCCAUACAGAUCUAUUAUUAUAUAAAAAAUGAUUGUGAAGCAAACACAUUUAGAAAUCCAGCAAAGAGUCCCAAUGAUAACAAUUUCUCCUCUCCGAUUAUGGGACCCAACGUGGGCAUGAAGACCAUCUGCAAAAGCAAUGAGAAGCACAUCCGCGAAUUGAUCUUUCUUGAAGUGAAAUCGAGCCUUCAGAAAAUACUGCAGAACGAUAAAAUGAUGAGUUCACCAAUACGAGCAUAUCGUUUGUCAAAACCAUAA